AUGGGCAAGCGCAAAUUCGAGUAUUCGGACAACUCAGACUCGGAAUACUCGUCUUCCCAGCGCAGUGGCAAAAAGACAAGAAGAUCAGUUGCAACACUGCCGUCUGCUGUGGUUACUCACUUGGUGACUACACAUAUCAUCAAAGAGCCGGAUAUAGCCCCUCUUCGUACUGCCCUCGUCCAAUGGUAUGCCACGGUUCACGAGUCACGGAACAUGCCAUGGAGAAAGCCAUAUAAUCCUCACCUGGGGCCAGAAGAGCGCGCUCAACGCGCAUAUGAGGUAUGGGUGUCUGAGGUAAUGCUUCAACAGACCCAAGUCGCGACUGUCAUCCCGUACUACAAUCGAUGGAUAGACAAGUACAGUGUCUUUUGUAUUCAAGUCUAUGCUCAUCAUUUCUCGAGGUUUCCCACAAUCCACGAGCUCGCUGACGCUUCGAUCGACGAGGUCAACGCCCUCUGGAAAGGUCUCGGUAUGACUCUACCCUCGUCACAGCCAUCUGUUCAUCCAGCCGUCUCCACAGGUUACUAUACUCGUGCCAGCCGAUUACUCGCUGGCGCUAAAAAGGCGGUCAGCGAAUUCAAUGGCAAACUGCCAGAUAAUGCCAAGGAUCUACAAACACACAUUCCUGGUAUUGGUCGCUACAGCGCUGGCGCUAUCAGUUCUAUUGCCUAUGGCGAACACGCUCCAGUGCUGGAUGGUAACGUCACGCGACUGCUUAGCCGCCUCUUGGCACUACACGCUCCACCGAAAGGCAAGUUAGUGCUUGAUAUUCUUUGGAAUGCUGCCACAACCAUGGUGGAAGACGUCCCAGGAAAUGUCCAGCAUCCUGGAGAUGUGAACCAAGCGCUCAUUGAACUCGGAAGUACCGUGUGCAAAGUUCGCGAUCCCAACUGUGAUGGCUGUCCAGUACAACCAUGGUGCAAAGCUAAAACCGGCGCAAUUGAAACUCAACUGCCUGACAUCGAAGAUUUGUGUAAGGUGUGCUUGCCGCUGCCUGCAAACGCCGACGUAACGUCCUAUCCCUCGCGCGUGGAAAAGAAGAAGGCUCGCGAAGAGCUAGACGUUGUUUGCGUUGUCGAGUGGCGAAAAGAAUCCGAUAGACGGUUUCUUCUCGUCCGUCGGCCCGAAGAAGGUCUUCUGGCCGGACUUGAUGGGUUUCCGACCUUAGAAAAUGUCUCUGUCAGCCUGUCAGCUGCGAAGCUGCUUAAAAUGACCCAUCAACUUCUUCCCAACUUGUUGAAGUCAAGCAAGAUUAAGACAGUUGAGAGUAUUGGAGAUGUGGUUCAUGUGUUUUCGCACAUCAAGAAGACAUAUCGCGUUCACUGGGCAGUGCUCGAGGAAACUCCCCAUCCACCCCAGCCCAUUGUCAGUGCUUCAACUUCAGUGCCCCCCGUUAUGGGUCCCGUCCGAGGAGGUCGCAUCGAAAAAGUGUGCUCUUACUCAUAUCAUGAUCCGUUUCAUUCCUUACCUUCUCUCAGUAUUGGGACCGGUGUUGUCAAAAUAUGGAAUCUAUGCCAGAGUAAAUGGAGAACAGAUGUUUAG